UCAAACACAGUGAGGUGACGUCUCCGUCUUGGGGCCGUGGCAGCCCGUGCACAGACCAAGAUCUGUGUUGUGAAAGUGACAUCCAGCUUCAGCGGAGUAAUUAUUACCUCCGCCUACUACGUUCAAAGGGGAAUAAAAAGUGUUUUGUGUGUAGUUUCCUCGUGGUUGCUGUGUGGAGCCUGCCGCCACACACCCACCCCUCAACAACGACGGCUUUUGCGUGCAUCUUCCAGUGCUUCUUCUGUCAACAAGUUCAGCAGAGCUGCUGCUCGUCCGCCGCUAGCCCGGACGCCGCAGCCCCCGGCACAUCAGCCACUCACAGCCCAGAGCCCCGCCCAUGUGACAUGGUGAAGAUGACCAAGUCGAAGACGUUCCAGGCAUACCUGCCCUCGUGUCAUCGCACCUACAGCUGUAUACACUGUCGGGCACACCUGGCCAACCACGACGAACUCAUCUCUAAGUCAUUCCAAGGCAGCCAGGGGAGAGCCUACCUCUUUAACUCUGUUGUGAACGUGGGCUGUGGGCCGGCCGAGGAGCGGGUUCUCCUAACGGGUUUACAUGCCGUCGCUGACAUCUACUGUGAAAACUGUAAAACCACUCUGGGCUGGAAAUACGAGCAUGCGUUCGAGAGCAGUCAGAAGUACAAGGAGGGGAAGUUCAUCAUCGAGCUGGCUCACAUGAUCAAGGACAACGGCUGGGAGUGACCCUCCCUCUCUGUCUCCGGCCUUUUAAUGACCUCUGACCUAUCAGAGCUCUGGAUCUAUCGGACUUCACAGAGCGACAACCAAUCACCAUCAACCACUCGCCGUGCCGCCCCCUCCUAACACACACACACACACACACACACACACACACACACACACACACACACACACACACACACACACACACACACACACACACACACACACACACACACACACACACACACUCCCUGCUGGCUGUGAAACUGAACAUGAUGCUGUUGAACUGGAGAGAGGACUAGCCUAUUGGGUUGGACCUUCAGUGAAGACCAUGUGAUCCCACCAGCCAAUGACAGACAGCUGGACUUGAAUUGGCUCCUCCUUCCUCAACCAGGCCCCACCCACCUCACUGGCGUUGGCACUUAGAGGAAGCGGGAGGGACGGGAACGGGUUGGCACGGGGGGGUUCUCCUUGUGUUUUAAUCUUUGAGUUAAUCGUGAAUAUGUUUUAUUUUUCAAUAUUUCCUUCAGUUUUUGAUCUUUAAUGAUGACUUCACUGUGUGGGACGUCCCGGUAACCGCUACCCACAAACGUGCCCGGUAAAGUCCCGGUAACACCCCAAAAUGUGCCCCCGAGCAGAGCAGCAGGGAUAGAUAAUAUUAUAUGUAGAUAGAUGUGUUUCAUCCAACAGCAUUGUGGCUGGCUCCAUAUAGCAACAGUUCUAUUAGAGGAGGUUUACCAGAGGAGAUAGAGGGAGGACUGGGCUGUUUCCCCAAAGUGCACUCUCUGCCUUGGUGCACUACCCUAUGGGUCCUGGUCUAAAGUAGAGCACUAUGUAGGGAAUAGGGUUCCAUAGGGCUCUGGUCUAAAGUAGAGCACUAUGUAGGGAAUAGGGGGCCAUAGGGCUCUGGUCUAAAGUCGUGCACUAUAUAGGGAAUAGGGUGUCAUAUGGGACACACCCUAGAACAGGCUUGACAACCACAGAACACACCCACGCAUCAUAUUGUGUUACAACCUAAACUAACCCUCACACCCACGUAGUUCCCAACCUGAACUAAACUAACCAUCACAACCUGAACUAACCAUCACAACCUGAACUAACCAUCACAACCUGAACUAACCAUCACAACCUGAACUAAACUAACCAUCACAACCUGAACUAACCAUCACAACCUGAACUAAACUAACCAUCACAACCUGAACUAAACUAACCAUCACAACCUGAACUAACCAUCACAACCUGAACUAACCAUCACAACCUGAACUAACCAUCACAACCUGAACUAACCAUCACAACCUGAACUAACCAUCACAACCUGAACUAAACUAACCAUCACAACCUGAACUAACCAUCACAACCUGAACUAACCAUCACAACCUGAACUAACCAUCACAACCUGAACUAACCAUCACAACCUGAACUAAACUAACCAUCACAACCUGAACUAACCAUCACAACCUGAACUAAACUAACCAUCACAACCUGAACUAAACUAACCAUCACAACCUGAACUAAACUAACCAUCACAACCUGAACUAAACUAACCAUCACAACCUGAACUAAACUAACCAUCACACCCUGAACUAACCAUCACAACCUGAACUAAACUAACCAUCACAACCUGAACUAAACUAACCAUCACACCCUGAACUAACCAUCACAACCUGAACUAAACUAACCAUCACAACCUGAACUAACCAUCACAACCUGAACUAACCAUCACAACCUGAACUAAACUAACCAUCACAACCUGAACUAACCAUCACAACCUGAACUAAACUAACCAUCACAACCUGAACUAACCAUCACAACCUGAACUAAACUAACCAUCACAACCUGAACUAACCAUCACAACCUGAACUAAACUAACCAUCACAACCUGAACUAAACUAACCAUCACAACCUGAACUAACCAUCACAACCUGAACUAAACUAACCAUCACAACCUGAACUAAACUAACCAUCACAACCUGAACUAAACUAACCAUCACAACCUGAACUAACCAUCACAACCUGAACUAAACUAACCAUCACAACCUGAACUAAACUAACCAUGUACAUGUGUAGAGUGUAUUUAGAGAUAUGUGAUAUACAUUUGAAUGGACAUUUAUUCUCAUGCAUAUAUAUACAGGUAACUGCCAAAGUAAAGGAAACACCAACAUAUAGUGUCUCAAUGGGGCGUUGGGCCUCCACCAAUCAGAACUGCUUCAGUGCAUCUUGGCAUGAAUUCUACAAGUGUCUGGAACUCUAUUGGAGGGAUGAGACGCCCGUUCUUCCACGAGAAAUUCCAUCGUUUUGGUGUUUUUUUUUGUGGACGGUGGUGGAAAAACGCCGUCUCAGGCGCCGCUCCAGAAUCUCCCCGUAAAGUGUUGAAUUGGGUUGAGAUCUGGUGACUGACACGGCCAUGGCAUAUGUGGGUUUUCACCCUAAGCACGAUGGGAUCGUUAAUUGCUUAAUUAACUCAAGAAACACCCAGCUUUCAAUCCCUCAUUUCCUCCAGUGUUUCCAUUAUUCUGUCAGUUCCCUGUACAUAUACAGUACCAUGUAUUGCAUGUAUAUGAGCAGAAUGUCUACUAGUGUGUCGCCCACCUUCAACACGGUAGCAGACUGGAAUGCGGAUGCUUAGUUUGUACUUUGCAGAGGCUUUUGGUUCAUAGACAGACAGACUUUUGCCUCUAAACCUAUCUGUCUCUUUUAAGGCCUUUCCUCCGAUGAUUAAAAGAUUGUAUGAGAUGCUGAAUGAUAUUGAGGGUUGCUGGCUAGAUCAUCUCCCUACAGUUAUUAGAUCAAUUAAAUAUCGCUGCUUUGCUUGUUCCGACCAAUCCUGCUUUACUUGUUCCUACGCUUCACCAAUCCUGCUUUACUUGUUCCUACGCUUCACCAAUCCUGCUUUACUUGUUCCUACGCGUCACCAAUCUUGCUUUACUUGUUCCUACGCUUCACCAAUCCUGCUAUACUUGUUCCCACCAAUCCUGCUUUACUUGUUCCUACGCAUCACCAAUCCUGCUUUACUUGUUGCUACGCUUCCCCAAUCCUGCUUUACUUGUUCCUACGCUUCCCCAAUCGGCGAUCCGACCUAAAUCAAGUGUUUAUAUAGUCUCACUCCAUCCGAUUCACUUUAAAUCCCUUUGAACAUCCUUGGCAUGAACAAUGUCCAUUUUUUUUCCCCCCACAGAAAACUAAACUAAAAUGUUCAUUGCAAUUCUUUGCUGCUAAGAGAGAUAUUACAAUCCUUCAUCCUUUCUCUUCCCUUCGUUCUGGAGAUCUUUUUUUUUGCACUUCAUGCCUGGCGCUGGUUUGCACGGUUGCUUCUCUCUGUGUCCUCGUCGUUAGUUUGCUUCUCUCUGUGUCCUCGUCGUUAGUUUGCUUCUCUCCGUGUCCUCGGCGUUAGUUUGCUUCUCUCUGUGUCCUCGUCGUUAGUUUGCUUCUCUCCGUGUCCUCGGCGUUAGUUUGCUUCUCUCUGUGUCCUCGGCGUUAGUUUGCUUCUCUCCGUGUCCUCGGCGUUAGUUUGCUUCUCUCCGUGUCCUCGUCGUUAGUUUGCUUCUCUCCGUGUCCUCGGCGUUAGUUUGCCUCUCUCCGUGUCCUCGGCGUUAGUUUGCUUCUCUCCGUGUCCUCGGCGUUAGUUUGCUUCUCUCCGUGUCCUCGGCGUUAGUUUGCUUCUCUCCGUGUCCUCGGCGUUAGUUUGCUUCUCUCCGUGUCCUCGGCGUUAGUUUGCUUCUCUCCGUGUCCUCGGCGUUAGUUUGCUUCUCUCCGUGUCCUCGGCGUUAGUUUGCUUCUCUCCGUGUCCUCGGCGUUAGUUUGCUUCUCUCCGUGUCCUCGGCGUUAGUUUGCUUCUCUCCGUGUCCUCGGCGUUAGUUUGCUUCUCUCCGUGUCCUCGGCGUUAGUUUGCUUCUCUCCGUGUCCUCGGCGUUAGUUUGCUUCUCUCCGUGUCCUCGGCGUUAGUUUGCUUCUCUCCGUGUCCUCGGCGUUAGUUUGCUUCUCUCCGUGUCCUCGGCGUUAGUUUGCUUCUCUCCGUGUCCUCGGCGUUAGUUUGCCUCUAAGCUGAAUGAAUCGUGUGCCUCUCUUCAAAAAAGAAAGAGCCUCCUUCUCCUUUUCUCCUGACGUUCUCCUGUGUUGUGCCGUGCAUAACUCCAAACUACGAGCCACCAAAACAAAAUGCUCAAACCCACAUCGAGAGAUACAAAUAGAUUGAUAGAUUGAUAGAUAAAUACUUUAUGGGUGAAAACUGCGUGUUCAAUGGCUGUUGUGCCUCAAGAAUAGUAGAUUAAAUAUAUAUAUGAUUAUAUAUAGGCUAGACGUAUUGGUGUGUGUGUGUGUGUGUGUGUGGGGGGGGGGGGUAAAUCAGACCUCUAUAAUAAUCCAUAUUGGUGUCGUAGCAGGUAGGGGGGGUUGGGGUCCGGGGGUAUUUUUGAAUGAGCUGCGAUCGCUCACGUCGCCGACCAGGUUAGUCAGGUCACAUGAUCGAUUAUUAACCCCGUAAGACAAAGACGGUGCAAACCUGACAGAGUUGUAUGGUUAGAGAUCUCCUACUUGAAUAUACAAAACCAGUACAGACCUGUUACAGUAGAGACCUGUUACAGUACAGACCUGUUACAGUACAGACCUGUUACAGUCUUUAUAUAGAGGAACAGUACAGACCUGUUACAGUAGAGACCUGUUACAGUACAGACCUGUUACAGUACAGACCUGUUACAGUCUUUAUAUAGAGGAACAG